AUGUAUAUCAUAGAAGAUAUGAAUUGGCCUUUACCAGAGUUUGAUCCAAGCCAGAUUCGACUGAUAGUAUAUCAAGACUGUGAAAGACGAGGGAGAAAUGUCUUGUUUGACUCCAGUGUUAAGAGAAAAAGUGAGGACACAUCAGUUUCAAAAUUGUGUAGUGAUGCUCAAGUUAAAGUCUUUGGGAAAUGCUGUCAACUGAAACCUGGCGGAGACAGUUCUUCCUCUUUGGAUAGUUCCAUUACUUUAUCCACUGAUGUAAAAGAGCAGUGUCCAAAGUACCAGGGUUCUCGAUGCCCUUCAGAUGCCAAUAUGCUUGGAGAGAUGAUGUUUGGCUCAGUGGCAAUGAGUUACAAAGGAUCUACCUUAAAAAUUCAUCAGAUUCGUUCCCCUCCACAGCUCAUGCUCAGCAAAGUGUUUACUGCACGCACUGGCAGCAGUAUCUGUGGAAGUCUCAAUACCACUCAGUUCACGGAAGAAUUCCUUCAGGAUUUGAGAUGCAUUGUGGCUUCUCUAACAACCCUCUCUUUUAUGUGUAUUUUACGUUUUUGCCAUGUAGGUCUUUCACAGUUCUGCAGCCCUAGGCGGGCAUUCUCUGAGCAGGGUCCGCUCCGUCUGAUCAGGAGCGCCUCUUUCUUUGCAGUUCACAGCAAUCCAAUGGACAUGCCUGGAAGAGAGCUGAAUGAAGACAGAGACAGUGGCAUAGCACGUUCUGCAUCUCUCAGCAGCUUGCUUAUCACCCCAUUUCCCUCCCCAAACUCCUCACUUACUCGAAGUUGUGCCAGCAGUUACCAGCGACGUUGGCGACGAAGCCAAACAACAAGUUUGGAAAAUGGGGUAUUUCCUAGAUGGUCCAUAGAAGAAAGCUUUAAUCUGUCAGAUGAAAGCUGUGGUCCUAACCCAGGAAUUGUGAGGAAAAAGAAGAUUGCAAUUGGGGUAAUCUUUUCAUUAUCGAAAGAUGAAGAUGAAAAUAACAAAUUUAAUGAAUUCUUUUUUUCACAUUUUCCUCUCUUUGAAAGCCACAUGAACAAAUUAAAGAGUGCAAUAGAACAGGCUAUGAAAAUGAGCCGGAGAUCUGCUGAUGCUAGCCAGAGGAGUUUGGCAUAUAAUCGCAUCGUUGAUGCCCUUAAUGAAUUCAGAACAACAAUUUGUAAUCUUUACACAAUGCCACGGAUUGGAGAGCCUGUCUGGCUUACCAUGAUGUCGGGUACUCCAGGAAAGAACCAGCUUUGCCAUCGUUUCAUGAAGGAGUUCACUUUUCUAAUGGAAAAUGCUUCCAAAAAUCAAUUCUUGCCAGCUCUUAUCACUGCGGUUUUGACCAAUCAUCUUGCCUGGGUUCCAACGGUCAUGCCAAAUGGACAGCCACCUAUCAAAAUAUUUUUAGAGAAACAUUCCUCUCAGAGUGUGGACAUGUUGGCAAAAAGUCAUCCAUACAACCCACUUUGGGCACAACUGGGAGACUUAUAUGGCGCUAUUGGCUCUCCUGUCCGUUUAGCAAGGACUGUGGUUGUUGGCAAACGACAAGAUAUGGUCCAGAGGCUGCUUUAUUUUCUAACUUAUUUCAUAAGAUGCUCUGAACUUCAAGAAACUCACCUUUUAGAAAAUGGAGAAGAUGAAGCCAUCGUUAUGCCAGGCACAGUGAUCACUACCACUUUAGAAAAGGGAGAAAUUGAAGAGUCAGAGUAUGUCCUGAUCACAAUGCAUAGAAACAAAAGCAGUCUGCUUUUUAAGGAGUCAGAAGAGCUAAGAACUCCUAACUGUAGCUGUAAAUAUUGCAGUCAUCCACUCCUUGGGCAAAAUACAGAGAACGUGUCACAACAAGAGAAAGAAGAUGUUCAAGAGAAUUCUAAGGAAGUGCUAGGAAUUUCAAAUGAAUGCCAAGUAGUUUCUCCUGAGUACCAAGAAGAAAAUGCUAUUGAUGUUAAGCAGUGUAAAGAUAAAUUAAGAACUUGCCUUGACACCAAGUUAGAGACAGUUGUUUGCACAGGAUCUGCUCCUGUAGACAAAUGUGUAUUAUCAGAGUCAGGCUUGGAGACCACAGAUGAAACAUGGCCGAAUAAAGAGGUGCUGGAUUCAGAUAAUCACACAGGCAAACCCAUGAGAACCACAGGAAUCGUUGUAGAGAAGAAGCCUCCGGAUAAGACCGGGCCUGCUAUGUUUUCUUGUGAGGCAACCCAAACAAAGGUUACUUUCCUGAUUGGAGACUCAAUGUCACCUGAUUCAGAUACUGAACUUAGGAGUCAGGCUGUGGUGGAUCAGAUUGCCAGGCAUCACACCAAGCCACUGAAGGAAGAUAGAGGGGCAACAGAUAACCACCAAGAAACUAAACAGCCAACCAAGGACCAAUCCGAAGGGUCUGAUAUACAGACCAUGGUUUCUGAAGAGCCCUGUGGACUUCCCUGUUGGAGUCCAUCAGAUCCUGAAAGCAUGAGCUUAUUUGAUGAAUAUUUCAAUGAUGAUUCAAUUGAAACCAGGACUAUUGAUGAUGUUCCCAUUAAAACAAGCAUAAGCAAUAAAGAACAUUGCUGUAUGUUAGCCUUUUCCAAAAGGUUGUGUAUCAAAAACGUCAAACAGAGCGGUGAAUUUUGUAAAUGUGCAGAAAGAGUUCACCAAGAUCCAUGUAAAACCUGCUUUCCUCAGCAGGACCAAAGAAAUAUACUCUCCAUCCUUGUCCCCCAUGGGGAUAAAGAGAGUUCAGAGAAAAAAAAUGCUGUAGGAACCGAAUGGGACAUUCCAAGAAAUGAAAGCUCCGAUAGUGCCCUUGGGGACAGUGAAAGUGAAGACGCUAGUCAUGAUGCCACGAGACAGGUCAGCAGUUACUUUGGAGGGGAGCAAGAGGACUGGGCAGAAGAGGAUGAGAUCCCUUUUCCUGGGUCAAAGUUGAUUGAAGUGAGUGCUGUUCAACCCAACAUUGCCAACUUUGGGAGGUCCUUGCUGGGUGGUUAUUGUUCAUCUUAUGUGCCUGACUUUGUUCUUCAAGGAAUAGGAAGUGAUGAGCGACUUCGUCAGUGUCUUGGGGCAGAUUUGUCUCACGCUGUGCAACAUCCAGUAUUGGAUGAACCAAUAGCAGAAGCUGUCUGUAUUAUAGCUGAUAUGGAUAAAUGGACUGUUCAAGUGGCCAGCAGCCAGAGACGAGUGACAGAUAAUAAAUUGGGAAAGGAAGUAUUGGUUUCCAGUCUUGUUUCCAAUCUGCUUCAUUCCACUCUUCAGCUUUAUAAGCAUAACUUGUCUCCAAAUUUUUGUGUAAUGCACCUAGAAGACCGGUUACAGGAACUGUAUUUCAAGAGCAAAAUGUUGUCUGAAUACCUGAGGGGGCAGAUGCGUGUUCAUGUCAAGGAGCUGGGAGUGGUUCUUGGGAUUGAAUCCAGUGAUCUUCCUCUUUUGGCUGCUGUAGCAAGCACUCACUCUCCAUACGUUGCUCAGAUACUUCUUUAACAUGCCCAAAGGUUAACUUUUGUGGAAACUUAAAUCGGAACCAACGAAGCAGGCACACCAUGCAUUUAUGAUGACUUCUUUCCUAUUAGACUCCAUCUGAAUGCAUCCAUCUCCAGAGAAUCCUGUGUUGCGCUGCAAUUCUAUGUACAUUGGGUGGCUUUUUGUUUUUAACUGGAUUUUUGGGUGGUGGUAGGUUUUUGACUAAGUAAAACAAAUACACCGCAAAUAAUUUUGAUGGGAAGCAUUUGAUAAACCAAAGUGCAACUUAGAAAUUUCUAAAAAUGACUAUCAAAGGAUUUCAUGUGAUCAGUACAGUGUUGUCACACUCAUAAAUAUUAGCAGAUAUCUCUUGGUUUAAUGGCUCAGAUAGUACUUUCAUCCAUUUUUAAUUAUUUCUUCUUUUGGCUUUCCUGGAGUCUGAACUCAUGCUUGCUAAGGCAGGGUCUGGACCACUUGAGCCAUAUGCCUAGUGUUAGUUGUUUAUUUCCAAGUUACAGAAGUAUAUAGGACCUUUUGAUUAUGGAUUAUUGGUUACUUUGUUUUGUUUUUUCCAAAACAACUAAUUUGAGACUAUUUCUCAAAGUAAGUAUGUUAAAUAGCCUAAUCAUUAGAAAAACUCAAAAUAAUAAGUGAAAAUAUACGUUUGCCACCCAAGUGUACACAUGUAUCUAAUUUUUUAAAAUCAAAGGUAAAAAUACAAGGUUGAUAAAUAUGUCUUUUUAAAAAUAUUUUCAAGUAAUAUUAAUUGUAUGUAAUGUUGAAAUAUUACUUUCUGAUAAAUUUUCUGUUUCACAUACUCUAAAAUAUAUAUGAAGCCAAUCUUUUUCUUAAGGCUGAGGAAUAUAUCAAUUCCCAAAAUAAGAAUACUACUUUAUAACAUUUGUAACUAUGGGCUAAUUCUUACAAAUAUUAAUAUUUACAUAUUUACUAAUUUAAUACAAAUUAAUGUUAAAAAUUGCACCAAAGCAUUGGCAUAAAUGCUAUUUUCUUUAAAAGUGUGCUCAGGUAGCCAAGGCCCUUGUUUUUCAGUAUCAGUCCUUCCUGAAUUAAGAGGGGCAGAACAUUUGUCUCACUACUUAAUAAUUAAUAUUCAAUUACACUAAUACACAAUUCAUAAAUCUUAAAAUUAUCCUCUUUUCACUAAGAGCUCCUCCCUUCUAAAAGCAGAUUUUUUCAAAGAUUUCCACUUUUUAAUUGUUGUUCUCUUUGUAUAUACUGUGAAAUGUUGCUUGUAAGAAAGGCUAAUAAGGAACCAAACUCUUGUAAGUAAUGUAAAUAGAAAGGUGGGUAGAUAAAGUUUUCAAUAUGCUCUACUACCUCAGUUUACUUGAAUACUGCAUUAUAGUUUAUUCUUUGCUUAUGUGGUCUAAGGAUACAUUUAAUGCUAGAAGUAGAGUUUGUUUAUCUUUCAUUGACUUUUCAUCAUAAUUGAUGGGCUACAAAAAGGAAAAACCACUUGCAUAUUCAGCUACUAAAUACAUUUAGUUACUAUUUCACAUCCAUUCUUGCUAUUUCAGUUUUUAAUAAUUAAUGGAAAAUUUCUCUGGGUUAGUCUUCAAAAUGUUGAUUUUAUAGUGCUGUGUCAUUUUUUUUUUGCCUUGUUCUUUGUUUAUUCAAGAGACUUCCAACUAGACAAAGAAGAUAGGGUUGUUUUAAUGGAUUGUAAGUCGUAAACUAUUGUGCUUGCAGUUCAGCCUGCAUCCCAUUCGCCAGGCACCUGUCUCCCUGGAUAUAUUGUCUUUGGCUUAUUUUUCUUAUUCCAUUCAUUUAAUGAAAUUCUUCUGUUGUCUACUUUUGGAAUUCAGUGAAUAAAUCUCUUUGGUAGAAUUUGUAAUCUAGAAAAGUUUGAAGGGCCAUUAUAUAUUAUAUUUUUUUAAUUGUGGCUCAGAUUAUGUAGCAGGGAGAUAAUGUCUGUUUCUUAAGCUAUUCUCAGCCCUAUCUAUUUAAAACAUCUAAUUACCAUUUAGCAAUUCUAGUCUUCAUAAAUAUAUGGUUCAUGCUACUUUUAUCCUAAAAACUAAGCUUAGCUGCAAAAGGAAAAGGUAUAGCUGUUUGUUUUUUAAAGAAUCAUUAAUCCUUAUAGGAUUCCUAAGUUUUAUAAUUCUUAACCAUCUGUAAUUUCUAGUACUUUCAUCAUAAUCAUUCUUUCCUUAUACAAAGCCCAAAGAAUGAGCUGCUACUUCUUUUAAAGUGUGGUUAUUAUGAUGAAUGUGAAAAGGGUUUUGACCUAUUCAGAAUAAUUUUUCCAACUUCUUAUGGUACAGACAAAUGUGUUACAUAUCAAAACACCUGUUUAUUGGAACAGGAAAUGAAAAAAGGGAUGUUUUAUAUUACAGAAUUAAAACUAAUUUCUCAUACAUAUAAACUAAUUGGUUUGAUUUUAAGCAUCUUAGCAUUUAUUAAUGUCUUAAUUUUGAGUUUGAAAAUAUUAAGUGCAAUAAACAUACUAGUUGAUUUCAUUUUGUUGCAGUUGACAUCCAAUUGAUUGGAUGGUCACUAAAAAAGUCAAACUUUACCUAAUGCCUCCUUCUGGUAGUUGUCUUAGGAGAUUUUCUGCUUUCUCUAAGUUAUUUAGAUGGUGGAUAUGUAAAAUGUACAUACUUGUUCUUUGUUCUGAAUACAUUUCUCAAAUGCACACUUGUAUUAUAAUGCCCUCCCGGUUCUAGGGGAAAUUUGUGCAAUAAACACAUGUCAAUUUGA